AGAGUCACUUCUGACUUGAUCCUGUGGUGUGCUGUGAGACAUCUACCAUCAGUUGCAGGGCUGUUGACCUGCUGGUGAUCAAAUCUGUUGUGAUACUGAAGAAGACUCUGUGACCCAGGGCACUGCGUGACUACAUACUCUGAAUUCUUGCUGCCAGGAUGGGGAAACAGAACAGCAAGCUGCGCCCAGAGGUCAUGCAGGACUUGCUGGAAAGUACAGACUUUACAGAGCAUGAGAUCCAGGAGUGGUAUAAAGGCUUCUUGAGAGACUGCCCCAGUGGACAUUUGUCAAUGGAAGAAUUUAAGAAAAUAUAUGGGAACUUUUUCCCUUAUGGGGAUGCUUCCAAAUUCGCAGAGCAUGUCUUCCGCACCUUUGAUGCAAACGGAGAUGGGACAAUAGACUUUAGAGAAUUCAUCAUAGCCCUGAGUGUAACAUCCAGGGGGAAGCUGGAGCAGAAGCUGAAAUGGGCCUUCAGCAUGUAUGACCUGGACGGGAAUGGCUACAUCAGCAAGGCAGAGAUGCUGGAGAUCGUGCAGGCAAUCUAUAAGAUGGUUUCCUCCGUGAUGAAAAUGCCAGAAGAUGAAUCGACCCCAGAGAAAAGGACAGAAAAGAUCUUCCGCCAGAUGGAUACCAACAGAGACGGAAAACUCUCCCUGGAGGAGUUCAUCCGAGGAGCCAAAAGCGACCCGUCCAUAGUGCGCCUCCUGCAGUGCGACCCGAGCAGCGCAGGCCAGUUCUGAGCAGCACCCAGGAAUCUCGAGUUGCUUGUGUUCCCUUCUGAUUCUUUUUAACAAAAAAAAAUUUUUUUUUCUUUUUGCCAAACAAUAUUGGUGGCGAUGCUGCCCCCUGUGUGGUCAGAUGUGCCUCCCUCGUGCCGCCUUCAGCUUCUUCUGUCGUGGACGCUUCGUGGGAAUGCCCAGAGCCCCGUAUGCUUGUGGAGAGCAUGGACCAACUUCGUGGUGUUUUGUUCGAUGAUUUGUAAUCGUUAUUAUUAUUUCUUGAUUCUGUGUUCUCUGUUCUAAAACUUAAGACUCGGGGAGAGGGAUAAAAGAAGGGAACUCCAUCCUGCCCAGUGAUUCUGCAAGCUCCCAGGGCCUCUGUUUGAAAGCCUAGACACACACACCCUGCCCCCCACUGCCCGCUGUCGCACAGCCUUGGAGAGAUGGACGGCCCCAGAGGCUGGUUUCCCGAGAACAAGUUUCCCUCUGGGGCCAGGCCGUUAAAGGGAGCUGGGACAUUCCCCCGUGGAAGCCCAGUCCACCCUCUUCCCGGGUAGGCUGCAGUUUCUAAGCUGUGAACAUGUCAAGGUAAAUUAAGAGAGGAGAGGGAAAAGCCAGCUCAGCUAUUUUUUCACAGGUUUACACUAGUUGAGCUAAUAUGAGUGUCUUUGGAAAUUGAACACGAAUGGUAAUGUAUUCCAAAACUGACCCAUCUUGUUGCCUAUUGUGAUUAGGAAAAAAAAAAAGAAAAAAAGACUGCUGUAUAUAAAAUAUUGGGUAUUGCAGACCAAAUUAAGUGUUUUGCCUUGUUUAAAUGAAAUGCAUGUUUAGUGAGCACUAAUACAAUCUUAUUACAGAAGACUGUUUUUAGUAGCUUAUGUGAAGUAAGCCAGCUGUAAUGAAUGUCUGUGUCUUGUUUCAAAGUCCUGUCUGUCUUUGCACAAAUGUACAAGUAUAUUUUAUAUAUUCCAUAAAAGUACAAAGUAACCAUGACUAGGGUCCAACCUGACCAAUGCGUUUCCAGAGCCACGGCAUCUGGAGAACAGUAGUAGGUCAGACUUGCAUGGGGCAUGGAGUUGGAGCUCCGGAGGUUACCAUUUAAGAGACAGGCACACUUGGCUUGCCCACCUUGCCCCAUGCUCACUGGCAACAUCGAAGGCAUGGUGUUCUGAGCAGAUCAAUAGUCCAUGGAGUCAAAAAUGUAUCAAUUCUUCAGACUUUGCAUGUUUAAUCGAUGUGCCUGUUAGGGAGCCAGGGCUGGAAUGUUCACUUUCCCACGUCCCAGUGGCCCCUCAUGGAGUGACAUCGCAGUGGCCCCUGAUGGAGUGAGAGGACGGACAGGCAUCUAACUCAUUGUAAAGGAGCUGUGGGCACGUGCAAUUUGCCCAAGGCCCACUAUGGGGAGUCCAAAAGUAUUUUCCAGCACUGCAUUCCUUGAAUAAGGACUCUUACUUCCAGAAGUCACAGUGCAAAUUUGAGCUGCUGUUUGGUGUGGUGACCUCGUACACACUAAUUUGAAUUGAAGCUGAAGAGUAAAACUUGCUGGCCCUAGGCAGUCAUGUUCUCUCACGUAGUUGGCAUGGGAAGCCCAGACACACAAGGGUCUAGGUAGGGAAUCUGCCCCUAGACAAGGCAGAGAGGUCCCUAGGAGGUUGAUCUCUGCCACACUGCUUCCUGCAGAACAGGAACCACAGGUGAUAAACAGAGCCACGAGGAAAUGUUGCCAAGGCCACUCUAACCUCCAGGUUACUGUGUGUAACCGAGUCCAUUCCAGCUGGUAGCAGUCCAAAUGGGUGUGGCAGACCAGGUGAGCUACCUUUGCAGGGUGAAAAUUUGAGACCUGGACCCAAUAAUUUUACUCUUCCUUUGAAUGUCAGUUCCUCAUAGUGGUUCUACACCAAAACUUGUCAAAUUACUCCAUGGGUCAAGUGGCAAAGUCUGUUUUUGAAAUACAGAGAAUUAACAUUAGAUGUGGACUGAGCAGAGACCCAGUGUGCUCUAUCCAUCGGUUGUGUUCAGCAGUUGCACCCCACUUUUUCCUGCUCUGAUUGAAGACCAAUUUCUCCUUUUAAUUGUCUCUUUACGGGUAGAAUCAGUUAAUGUUUGGAGACAUCUACCUGGGCUCUGCCUUUGGACGUGACAUCUUAUGGAGCCAAAGCCACUCUGCUGCCUAGAACUAGGGCUGGGAUGAGGAACAGAGGUGUUCAGGGUUUAGGAAAGAAAAGAGCCAGACACAUGGCAGAUGAACAACUCUCAGGAUGUGUGGAGAUAAUCUUUGGCCGGGCCUGCCACUGACCCUGUCUGUAUUUUCUCGAGGGCUGCUUCUUUUCACCUCCCCCUUUCCAGAGGGCCUUAGUAAUGUCUGAUCCAAUGCACUCACGUCUGACCAGGGGACUCCACAGCACCCAGAAUGCUGAAUGCCUAACGGUUUAUAUCACGCCUAUGCUGGGCCAUUUGUUGUCAUGAAUGUGUACAGAGACCUCUGGAAAUGCAGUCUGUUCUGCUUCAGAUACAGCCAGCCUGCGAUGCUGAAGGGACUGGAAUAAAGUGGCUUACGACCUGAUGGAUAAGACCGAGUGCUCGACUGUCCAUACUUCAUUUGGGGGGUGGGGGUGGGGCUGAGGGUGCUAUCUCAUCCCAUCACUAUGCCCCGGGAAGACUGUCCACAAAUGUAUUUAAUAACACAUAUUUAUAAAUACCAAAUGAAGUGGCCCCUAUAUCAGUUGAUUUUGUGUAGUUCUUGCCUGGUAUUAAAGCAUGCUUAUUGUUUAAUAUGA